CAAUGGUUUUAUUUGUGACGAAAGUCAGUGCCAAACGAUGGGCUGAUGGAGUAGAUGGAGUGUGUGCCUAAUCACUUUUUAUAGUGUUAAAUUAUACCAAUAAAGAUGAUGUAGCAAGCUUAGCGAUAGUUGAUUCAAACAAGUAAAUUUAUUAUUUUUGAGCUACCAGCUGAUCUCAAAGCGUAGAGCUCUGAGAUACACUACACACAAUGCAGGCAGCCGAAACUGAGGUUUGCACAUACCUAUCUAUCAAAUCCCAAGCGUACCAAGAGUUAUAUUGAUGAGGUAUACCGACUUUUAGAGGAAAAGCCAGGGGUUGAAGAAAUAUUAAUCAUGAAUCGUUCCGGUGUGCCGAUCAAAACGUCAAUGGAACGCCAAGACGCACUUCAACAUGCCUGUCUUUAUGAGAAUUCGCGUGAAAAGUGUCAGGCAUUUCUAUCAAAAAUGGAGCCACCACAGCUCCUGACCAUGCUGCGAGUCCGUACCAGAUUCCACGAGGUCCUGCUAACACCUGAUGGCAAGAUAACCGUUUUGGUAGUGCAAAAUCCAAAGGAUACACAUCUUAAGCCCAAGCGUACCAAGAGUUAUAUUGAUGAGGUAUACCGACUUUUAGAGGAAAAGCCAGGGGUUGAAGAAAUAUUAAUCAUGAAUCGUUCCGGUGUGCCGAUCAAAACGUCAAUGGAACGCCAAGACGCACUUCAACAUGCCUGUCUUUAUGAGAAUUCGCGUGAAAAGUGUCAGGCAUUUCUAUCAAAAAUGGAGCCACCACAGCUCCUGACCAUUUUGCGAGUCCGUACCAGAUUCCACGAGGUUCUGCUAACACCUGUUGGCAAGAUAACCGUUUUGGUAGUGCAAAAUCCAAAGGAUACACAUCUUAAGCCCAAGCGUACCAAGAGUUAUAUUGAUGAGGUAUACCGACUUUUAGAGGAAAAGCCAGGGGUUGAAGAAAUAUUAAUCAUGAAUCGUUCCGGUGUGCCGAUCAAAACGUCAAUGGAACGCCAAGACGCACUUCAACAUGCCUGUCUUUAUGAGAAUUCGCGUGAAAAGUGUCAGGCAUUUCUAUCAAAAAUGGAGCCACCACAGCUCCUGACCAUGCUGCGAGUCCGUACCAGAUUCCACGAGGUCCUGCUAACACCUGAUGGCAAGAUAACCGUUUUGGUAGUGCAAAAUCCAAAGGAUACACAUCUUAAGCCCAAGCGUACCAAGAGUUAUAUUGAUGAGGUAUACCGACUUUUAGAGGAAAAGCCAGGGGUUGAAGAAAUAUUAAUCAUGAAUCGUUCCGGUGUGCCGAUCAAAACGUCAAUGGAACGCCAAGACGCACUUCAACAUGCCUGUCUUUAUGAGAAUUCGCGUGAAAAGUGUCAGGCAUUUCUAUCAAAAAUGGAGCCACCACAGCUCCUGACCAUGCUGCGAGUCCGUACCAGAUUCCACGAGGUCCUGCUAACACCUGAUGGCAAGAUAACCGUUUUGGUAGUGCAAAAUCCAAAGGAUACACAUCUUAAGCCCAAGCGUACCAAGAGUUAUAUUGAUGAGGUAUACCGACUUUUAGAGGAAAAGCCAGGGGUUGAAGAAAUAUUAAUCAUGAAUCGUUCCGGUGUGCCGAUCAAAACGUCAAUGGAACGCCAAGACGCACUUCAACAUGCCUGUCUUUAUGAGAAUUCGCGUGAAAAGUGUCAGGCAUUUCUAUCAAAAAUGGAGCCACCACAGCUCCUGACCAUGCUGCGAGUCCGUACCAGAUUCCACGAGGUCCUGCUAACACCUGAUGGCAAGAUAACCGUUUUGGUAGUGCAAAAUCCAAAGGAUACACAUCUUAAGCCCAAGCGUACCAAGAGUUAUAUUGAUGAGGUAUACCGACUUUUAGAGGAAAAGCCAGGGGUUGAAGAAAUAUUAAUCAUGAAUCGUUCCGGUGUGCCGAUCAAAACGUCAAUGGAACGCCAAGACGCACUUCAACAUGCCUGUCUUUAUGAGAAUUCGCGUGAAAAGUGUCAGGCAUUUCUAUCAAAAAUGGAGCCACCACAGCUCCUGACCAUGCUGCGAGUCCGUACCAGAUUCCACGAGGUCCUGCUAACACCUGAUGGCAAGAUAACCGUUUUGGUAGUGCAAAAUCCAAAGGAUACACAUCUUAAGCCCAAGCGUACCAAGAGUUAUAUUGAUGAGGUAUACCGACUUUUAGAGGAAAAGCCAGGGGUUGAAGAAAUAUUAAUCAUGAAUCGUUCCGGUGUGCCGAUCAAAACGUCAAUGGAACGCCAAGACGCACUUCAACAUGCCUGUCUUUAUGAGAAUUCGCGUGAAAAGUGUCAGGCAUUUCUAUCAAAAAUGGAGCCACCACAGCUCCUGACCAUGCUGCGAGUCCGUACCAGAUUCCACGAGGUCCUGCUAACACCUGAUGGCAAGAUAACCGUUUUGGUAGUGCAAAAUCCAAAGGAUACACAUCUUAAGCCCAAGCGUACCAAGAGUUAUAUUGAUGAGGUAUACCGACUUUUAGAGGAAAAGCCAGGGGUUGAAGAAAUAUUAAUCAUGAAUCGUUCCGGUGUGCCGAUCAAAACGUCAAUGGAACGCCAAGACGCACUUCAACAUGCCUGUCUUUAUGAGAAUUCGCGUGAAAAGUGUCAGGCAUUUCUAUCAAAAAUGGAGCCACCACAGCUCCUGACCAUGCUGCGAGUCCGUACCAGAUUCCACGAGGUCCUGCUAACACCUGAUGGCAAGAUAACCGUUUUGGUAGUGCAAAAUCCAAAGGAUACACAUCUUAAGCCCAAGCGUACCAAGAGUUAUAUUGAUGAGGUAUACCGACUUUUAGAGGAAAAGCCAGGGGUUGAAGAAAUAUUAAUCAUGAAUCGUUCCGGUGUGGCGAUCAAAUCGUCAAUGGAACGCCAAGACGCACUUCAACAUGCCUGUCUUUAUGAGAAUUCGCGUGAAAAGUGUCAGGCAUUUCUAUCAAAAAUGGAGCCACCACAGCUCCUGACCAUGUUGCGAGUCCGUACCAGAUUCCACGAGGUCCUGCUAACACCUGAUGGCAAGAUAACCGUUUUGGUAGUGCAAAAUCCAAAGGAUACACAUCUUAAGCCCAAGCGUACCAAGAGUUAUAUUGAUGAGGUAUACCGACUUUUAGAGGAAAAGCCAGGGGUUGAAGAAAUAUUAAUCAUGAAUCGUUCCGGUGUGCUGAUCAAAACGUCAAUGGAACGCCAAGACGCACUUCAACAUGCCUGUCUUUAUGAGAAUUCGCGUGAAAAGUGUCAGGCAUUUCUAUCAAAAAUGGAGCCACCACAGCUCCUGACCAUUUUGCGAGUCCGUACCAGAUUCCACGAGGUCCUGCUAACACCUGUUGGCAAGAUAACCGUUUUGGUAGUGCAAAAUCCAAAGGAUACAAAUCUUAAGGUUGAGGAUCUAACUCGUCAUUCCUCCAAUUUUUAAAAUAAUUACUCCUACAUAUAUCUACGUUGUUAGUCAUCCAACUUCUUACACUUAAAACAUUCUUCUCACUUUGUGAGCCCAAACACAACAAACUGUUGAUUUAUGUGACUACCUGAAUAUAAAUUCAAUCAAAUAAGUAAUAAAUAGUC